AUGCGAGGUGAUGGAGACAGUAGUCGAUUUGAGAGUAGUGUUAAUGUGGAUGCCUCUGUCCCUCGUGUUCGGUACACCGUCCCUCUAAGGGACCCCCUCAAGGCACUGCCGUUGGGGUUCGGCUUCCCUACAAAGCUCAGGGCGGUGCUGCGGCAGGAAAAGUUGAAAAAUUUAGUAGGAGAGAAAGCCUGCAAAUGCCCAGGAGUGUAUCACCCUACAAAACCUUCAGCAGCUCAAACACGAGCCGUGGGGAGACCAGACCUCCAGGCUUCCACAACAACUCAUCACAGCAAUGAACAAGUGACCAGGACGUGUUCCCCCUUCCCCAGUGCCCAGGAUUUACUUCCCCUUCCCAGUGCUUUCCUCCCCUCCCUCUGCGCCACCUCCCCAGUGCUUCCCCCUCCCCCUCCCCAGUGCUUCCCCCUUCCCCAGUGCCCAGGAUUCGCCCCAGUGCUUCCCCAGCCACCAGUGUUCCCCCCCCCUGUGCCUAGGAUUCGCCCAGUGCUUCCCCAUCCCCCCGUGCCCAGGAUUAUCCCCAGUACUCCCCCUCCAUUCCCCAGUGCCCAGGAUUAA